AUGGCCUUCCUCAGCUCCGCCUCGACCAGAAAGCGACCGUGGCACCCAUCGAUGGCGGCGUGCCCCACUCUCUGUGUGGCUCUGCUCUCCCUGCUCCUCACUCCAGCACUUGGACAGCUCGACCUCAAUCGGCUGGAUGGUGAUACCGUCUGCCCACCAAUGAGAGGCGGACAAGAUGACCUUCCAGGUUUUGAUCUGAUCACUCAGUUCCAGCUGGAUGUGAUCACCCUGAAAGGCGUGCGGAAGGUGGACGGCUCCACUCCCCUCCAGGUGGCGUACCGCCUCGACCGGGAGGCCAAUUUCCAAAUUCCAACCAUGCUCAACUUCCCUCGUGGCUUCCCAGACGAGUACUCCUUCAUGGUGACCUUCCGCAUGAUCAAGAACACAGUGAACAAGGUGUGGAACGUCUGGCAAAUAGUGGAUGAAGACGGCAACAAACAAGCCGGAAUGAGGCUGAAUGGCGACCAGCAGGCUCUGGAGUACUUCCUGAUGGGCGCCGACGGCUACAUGCAGACUGUCACCUUCCCCGGCCUUUCUGUGCUCUUCAACACCAAGUGGCACAAGGUGAUGAUCGGCGUGGAGCGCGACCAGGUCACUCUGUACGUGGACUGCCAGCCCGUGGAUCGGAAACCCAUCAAGGGCAAAGGCCCUGUCAACACAGAGGGAGACACUCUUAUUGGAAGGCUGGAUGCUGAUCCGGACGCCUCCGUUGUGUUUGAGCUCCAGUGGAUGUUGAUUCACUGCGACCCAAAGAGAGCCCAGAGAGAGAGCUGCAGUGAGCUGCCUGCCACCGAGAUGUAUGCCAAUGCUGAGCCUGACAAAUCACUCCAAGGCCCCCCAGGCAUCCCUGGCCCAGAGGGCCCCCAAGGGGACCCCGGAGAAGACGGCAGAGAUGGAAGAGAUGGUCUUCCAGGAUCUACUGGCAGUCCCGGGACUCCUGGCAGCAAAGGGGAUCAGGGGGAGAUCGGUCUUCCCGGGCAAAGAGGCCUGGCUGGUCUUCCAGGAGUCAAUGGUCUUUCUGGUCCAAUGGGUCCCAGAGGGCCUGUGGGUGAGAGAGGUCUACAAGGUUUUCCUGGACCUGCCGGUCCUCCUGGCCCAUCAACAGAAGGACCUGCUGGACCUGCAGGAAAAGCUGGAAUCCCAGGAGAUGAAGGAAAUAUCGGGCCUGAGGGUCCUCCUGGACCCAGAGGGGGACAAGGGACCCCCGGGGCUCCUGGCACUCCUGGUCCACCAGGGCCUGUGGGACCGCCUGGUGCCAGCAAUGAGGUGAUUGGGGAACCUUGUCCUGCUGCCUGUCCUGCUGGACCUCGGGGGAUGGCUGGACUACCAGGGCUGAAGGGUCACCAAGGUUUGGAUGGUGAACCUGGACAAAACGGAACAGCUGGAGAGAAGGGAGAAGAUGGAGCAAGUGGUCCUCAGGGGACACCAGGUCGCAUGGGAGAUGAUGGUCAACGAGGGCCAAUUGGAUUCCCUGGAACUACUGGAGAGAAGGGAGACAGAGGUGGUCCUGGUUUCAAUGGCGUCCCAGGACCUACAGGCCCGCCUGGUGCUCCUGGUGUGGAGGGAAUCCGUGGACGUCAGGGUUUGCCAGGGGACAAGGGCGAUGAUGGAACUGUGGGAGAGCAGGGAGAGCAGGGACCUUCAGGGGGAAAAGGAGAAGUUGGAGAGCCUGGCAAAGAUGGCUUAAAUGGACUCUCUGGAUCUGAUGGCGCUAAGGGAGAGUCUGGAACCCCUGGAUCUGUUGGUCUCAGGGGGAUUGUGGGUAUUCCAGGACUGCCAGGGAAGCAGGGAGUAGUCGGACCCUCUGGUGAAAAGGGUGAUACUGGUGAUGAGGGACCUGUUGGACAAGUUGGACUUCCUGGAAAGAUUGGUGAGCCUGGCAAUGAUGGAGAAGAUGGAAAAACAGGAGAUAAAGGAGCAACUGGUGGAACAGGAAAACAAGGGCCAUUGGGGCCUACAGGUCCUCAAGGAAUCCAGGGAGACAAAGGAGAUAAAGGAGAUACUGGUGCCAAGGGAAUAAAGGGUCAUACUGGAUUCAAAGGAGAUCAGGGACCAAUGGGACCUAUUGGACCAAAUGGAAGUCAGGGUGACACAGGUAUGGCAGGAGAUUCCGGGGUGAAGGGAGACCAGGGCCCUCCUGGCAAUCCUGGAAUCAGAGGAGAGCGCGGAGAGCAAGGCAUGAGAGGAGCAUCAGGGAUUGAUGGCAGACCAGGUCAGACGGGCCACGAGGGUUUGGCUGGUCCAAUGGGAGCCAGAGGGCUGGACGGAGAAGCAGGCAAUACUGGAACACCAGGUCCCAGAGGUCUACCUGGCCCAAAAGUGACUGACGAGAAGCUUCGGGAAAUGUGCUCAGCCGUUGUGGAAGAGCAAUUGGCAGAGUUUAAGAAAGAGCUUCUGCAGAAGCCAGCAGCCCUUGGUGCCCCUGGUACCGCUGGACCAGCAGGACCUGCUGGCCCCCAAGGACCACCUGGAGCAGCAGGAGCAGCAGGAGCUCCAGGACCCUUGGGUCCUAAAGGUCAUCCAGGCUACUUUGGACUUCCAGGCAUACCAGGCAAGAAAGGUGAUGCUGGAGAAAUGGGAGACAAGGGAGAAAAAGGAGAGGAUGGAGUAGGAGUCAAAGGCAGCUCAGGUGCACCCGGUGCACCAGGUGCACCAGGUGCCCCCGGCAUUGGCAUAGAUGGCAAAAUGGGAGAACGUGGUGAGAGUGGGAGUCAAGGUGUCCCAGGAACAUCUGGUCCAAGGGGACCCUCAGGACAGCCCGGCCUUUGUGACCCAUCAACCUGUAUCAGCCGAAUGCCACCUCUCUAUAUGGUCGGUGGAAAGAAAUCUGCCAGCUACAAAAACCCGUGA